AGAUGCGGUCAAAAUAGCAGAGAAGAAGAUACAACAUCUUCAGAGGAGCAGCAGCAGGUGGAUUGGAAUUAGGGCUAAUAUGGAAACGGAAGAGAAGAGUAGGUGGAAGCGGGGAAGAAGCAAGGGUUCAUUUAAUAUUGUUGCUUGUUCUUCAUCCUAUUCUUCUUCUUCUUCGUCGCUUAUGAAUUCUCUUGAUGAUGGAUGUAUUAUGCAUAUCUUUAGCUUCUUAUCGCCAAUUCCAGAUCGGUAUAACGCCGCCCUCGUUUCCCGCAGAUGGUACUACCUUGCAUGCCAUCCUCGCCUGUGGCUACGUGUAGACGGGGCUCUAAAAGAUUCAUCUGAACCUGGAGUAUUUCCCAGCGUUGAAACCGCUGUCUCUGCUGCGAGGCCCGGGGAUACCAUUUUGAUAGGUGCUGGUGGGAGUCACCAUGUUCAUGAUAUUCAGAUUAAGAAACCACUUUGCUUGCUUGGUGGAGGUGAGCAUCCAGAUGAAACAACACUGGUCUGUUCGCGAGGCUCGGAAAGUGCAUUUGAGUUCCUGUCUACUUGUAAGAUAUCAAAUUUAACUGUGAAAGCGGAGUUAGGAUGUUGUUUGCUUCAUAGGAGCGGAAGAUUAACGAUAGAACGGUGCAUACUCCUGUGCGAUGAAAACCCGUUGGACUACCUCUCAUGCGCAAUAGUAAGCACUGCAAAAGGGCCAUCAGAUGUUGUUCCUAUACCUGGUGAGGCAUUGUCAGCAUUGGUCCAGGCUGAUAGUGUAUCAGUAUCACGUACCCGAAUUGAAGGAGGCUCUAAAGCUGUCUCAACAAUUGGGACCCUGGCACUACAACGGGUCCGAGUAAUUUAUUCUAGGACAGCUCUUCUCUUCUGGUUUGAUGUAAAGUAGAAUUCUGUUUCCUUGUUUGUUUACCUAUCUACAAUCCUACAAUCUUCAAAGAUUAUUGUUGUAUUGUUAGGAUUAUUAUCAAAACUGGGUGCCGGUGGAGAUGCACAAUUCAGUUUGAUUUGUUUACGUACCUACACAAUGAUCCAAUUCAACUUCUAUUGUUAGAUUAAUCAA